AUGCUCUCUGGCAGACCGGCUUCCAUAUCAUCGCGGCCCAUUGUUCUAGUAAAAGAAUCGACUCUGACACCUGUGUUGACCUUAGGGGGCCACGGAGACACCGUUUCAGCCAUAUCCUACUUUCCGGACGGGAAGCGAAUAAUCAGCGGGUCAAACGAUAAGACCACUCGUGAAUGGGAUCUAGAAGCGGGCAAAGAAGUCGAGGAGGCGCAGGAUAUUUGCAAGCAAGAGGCACAUGCUGUGGGAGUAUCGAGGGAUGGUCGAUGGGUUGUCUCUGCAGGUGGGGACUUCAACAUCGGGGAGCUCAAAGUCUGUGAGGUUGAGACGGGAACGGUGAGAGCAUUUGAAGGACAUUCGAUGACCAUCAACUCCAUCGAUAUCUCCGGAGACAGCAUAUUACUGGCGAGCGGGUCAUUGGAUGGUACAACGCGGAUAUGGAGCUUGGAAACAGGAAAGCUCGUGGCUGGUCCGUUCAACAGUAUCAACUGGGUGAACGCAGUUCGAUUCUCGCAAGACUCAAAGAAACUCACAGUCAUAUCAUCUUGGGGGAAUUACCUUGAAGUGUGGGAUGUCCGAUCACAGAAAUUGGAUGUUCACACGGGGAACCCAAGUAGCCGUUAUGACACAUAUGCGCCCGUGUUUUGGACUACAGAGGACAAAACCAUUGUAAUCACAUUCAGCUUAACGGACACCUCAAUCAAGACAGUCUAUGAAUUUGACGCACCUACUCUGGAGACUAUUGGAGCCCCCUUUGAAGGACACACCCAGGCCAUCACUGGUCUAGCACUUUCACUCGAUUGUGCUCUCCUCGCCAGUGCUUCCUAUGACAAUCCUAUCAAAAAUCUGUUUACUCGAGGAGCUGGCAACAACAGGAUCCCACUUAUUAUGAUGCCUCGUCCGCGUCAUGCAUCAUGCCUUCGUCGAUGGUCGGGCAAAAUAAGUACCGGAGAGGGAAACAUCACGUCAAUAGUACCAAACAUCGAUUGA